CUCAGUCAUGGGGCUCAGUCAAUGGAGGAACUUCCUCAUUAUUCUGGCUAUUGCUGCCCACAUUUGUGUGUUGUGUUAUGCUGCUUCAGGUCAGUCAUGUUCAAAAAGCAAAUGUACUUUCAAAUUUGUUUUUUGUGUUCACAGUUCAUAUAUAUGUAUUUGCUAAUCUCAUGUUUAUCAGUUUCUGUUGGAUUUAAAAGUAAAGGAAAGUGCUAUGGAGACGUUCAAAUCCAAGACAAGAAUAUGGAAACAUUCGAUGAUGACAGAUGGCACUUCAACAACAGCAAAGUGCUUUGCAGAAACACUGGUUGUGGGACAGCACUGGAGUCACUGGAGUCACUGAAGUCACUGAAAUCAGAGACGACCCCCACAUCUAAAACCCCCGAUUUUUGGUGUACGGGAAAUGAAAACUCUUUUGAUGAAUGUCAGCGCAAGAAUAACAAGACCCAGAACUCAACUGCCAAUAAGGCACUCGUUGUCUGUUCAGAUGCCAUUUCAAAGCCCAGAAUCUCACUGACGCUUCCUAAUGGGACGUCGAUUAACUUGUCACAUGCAGAAAUCCUCAGGGGUUCCAGCUUCUCCAUCGAGUGCACAGUUGACUCAAUCCCCGGCAAAUUGAAAUUUUAUUUCCUUCAGCAAUAUAAUGGCAAUUCUACAAAAUUAGAAAGCAACCAUUCAGCUUCUUUUAACAUUUCCAAGGCUGAUUAUAAAAACGAGGGCAACUACAGCUGUAGGUAUACAGUGAACCUGAAUGGAACAUACGAGUCUGAUGAGACGGGAUGGAUUCAUGUCACUGUGACAGAUUCAUGGUGGAAACUGCUGCUUUACAUAUUGCUGGCCGGGGUCCCGGUGCUUCUCCUGAUAGUUUUACUGGUUGCCUGCCUAGUCCGCAGAAGAAGAAAACUGGCUGAAAAGCCAAGUGACGUGGUCUUAAAUCAAGUGACUGUUAGAAACAGUUACAUAGACGACGACCAAGAGAGGGACUAUGUAAACGUUGAGCCGGUGAACACCAGCAGUCUGGGAACUGAGGAAGUGGACGAGAAGGACAGUGAUUCACACGACUAUGAAGACCCUUCACAGGAUAAAAAUGACAGCAGUGAUGAUGAGCAUGAUUAUGUUGAUACUAGUAAGGGUCCUGUUGCAGCAAGGAACGGCACAAAAGAACAGAAUGAGGAAGAGGACAGCAGUGAUGACGGGGAGGACUAUGUAAAUCCCAGACUGGGUCCUGUUGCUGCAACAGGGGACGGCACAAAAGGACAGAGUGAGGAAGAGGACAGCACUGACGAUGGGGAGGACUAUGUCAACUUACAGGAACAAAUUGUGGAUAUAUACGGAGAAGACCUGGAUAUUUAUCAAAACCUUUAGACAGUACACUGCAGGAAAAACAUCUUACUCAGUAUUUUGUGUAGUUUCUAGUGCAAAU